CAGAGGAGGUCAGCAGCCUCUCGGACAGGACUGAGAGAGGGAGAGAGGGAGGGAGAAAAUAACACAGAGCAACACAGCGUUCAGCAACUCACUGGAGUGCAAGAGAACUGAAUGCGAGCGUGAUGACAUCACAAAGCCCUUUGAUUCCGCUGCUGGUGACGCUGCUGUCGCUAGGCAGAUUUUCAUCAGGCCAGUCGGCAGAUCAUACAGAGAUUCGGGUUUGGCCGGGUGGUUCCGUGACUCUACCUUGUCUGGUACCGGCGGGCUCCAUCAACGGUACUUCUUUCAAGUGGCUGAAGCAGAGUUUUGCCAUCGCCGGCACGGACACAACCACGCAAAACGCCAGAGUGUCGACAGGGAAAGAUUACUCCCUCGAGAUCAAAAACACGACACCCCAAGACUCCGACAUUUACACCUGCGUCGUCUCUGAUGCAGAACAGAGGAGUGAGGCUCCCGUGCGUCUGACUGUGGCAACUGAUCUGCAGCAGACCCCGCGUCUUGUGACUGUACACCCGGGCGAUUCUUUCACUGUGAGCUGCAAGGAGCCGCUAGAAACGCCCUUGGGACCCAUCCGAUUAUACCUGUUGAAUGCCGCCGGUUCAGAGACCCUCGUCUCCACGUUUAUGAAGAACAGAGGGGUGGAAAACCAUCCCAGAGCGAGCAUGACGUCCAGGGGAGAUGGAGAAUGGGUCUUCGAAGUUAUGGGAGUGACAGCCGCGGACGAGGGCGAUUAUAUCUGCAGGAAGUUUAGGAAAAUUAGUGGCAAAGAAGACGAGGUGAUCGGACAGGGAGAGAAAACCAAGCUGGUUGUGGGAAAUAGAUUUCCUGUUUCCUCUCCUCUCUCUCUCUCUCUGGUUGUGUCUCAACCCAGUAUAACUCAGGGCUCUGUGAUUGGCACAGAGGAGGGAGAGGUCACUGUACCCUGCACUGUGACAGAGGCUCCUCCAGGACCAGUGAGAUGGUACAGGGACACUGGCAGAGGCAGACAGUAUCUUUACUCUCCAUCCUCCCCUCCGCCCAAUGAGAGAAACGACCCCCGUGUGUCUCUUGUACAUCAUCACCACGCCACAGAUCUCUCCAUUCGAAUUGUGAACCUGAACCUGCGUGACUCAGGAACGUAUUACUGUGAGAAAUACAGAGGGAUUGAUGUGACCCUCAUUGCUAGCGGCUCAGGGAGCAGGCUGCGUGUGCAAGCUCUGCCUCCACCCAUUAUAACUCAGGACCCAGACCCUGUGACUGGCACAGAGGAGGGUGAGGUCACUGUACGCUGCACCCUGUCCAGAGUGGGUGCUGCAGGACCAGUGAGAUGGUACAGGGGCACUCUCAGAGACAGACAGCAUCUCUACUCUACAGCAGCCCCUCUACCCAAUGAAAGCAACGACCCCCGUGUGUCCAGAGUACAUCCAGACCACCCCACAGAUCUCUCCAUUCGAAUUGUGAGGCUGACCCUGCGUGACUCAGGAACUUAUUACUGUGAGAAAUACAGAGGGUUUGAUGGGUCCCAAAUAGCUGGGGGUGCAUUCACCUGGCUGCGUGUGCAAGAGCGCUCUCCUAUCAGUAUAACUCAGGACCCAGACCCUGUGAAUGGCACAGAGGAGGGUGAGGUCACUUUACCCUGCACCCUGUCCAGAGUGGGUCCUCCAGGACCAGUGAGAUGGUACAGGGACACUGGCAGCGGCAGACAGUAUCUCUACUCUACAUUCCCCCUUCCGCCCAAUGAGAGAAACGACCCCCGUGUGUCUCAAGUACAUCAAAACAACCCCACAGAUCUCUCCAUUCGAAUUGUGGACCUGAACCUGCGUGACUCAGGAAUGUAUUACUGCUACAAAUACAGAGGGUUUGAAGAGAUCCCCAUUGCUAGCGGCUCAGGGAGCAGGCUGAGUGUGCAAGUGAUCCCUCCUCCCAUUAUAACUCAGCCCCCACACUCUGUGACUGGCACAGAGGAGGGUGAGGUCACUUUACCCUGCACCCUGUCCACAGUGGGUGCUUCAGGACCAGUGAGAUGGUACAGGGGCACUCUCAGAGACAGACAGCAUCUCUACUCUACAGCAGCCCCUCCACCCAAUGAAAGCAACGACCCCCGUGUGUCCAGAGUACAUCCAGACCACCCCACAGAUCUCUCCAUUCGAAUUGUGAACCUGACCCUGCGUGACUCAGGAACUUAUUACUGUGACAAAUACAGAGGGUUUGAUGGGUCCCAAAUAGCUGGGGGUGCAGGGACCUGGCUGCGUGUGCGAGAGAUCCCUCCUCCCAUUAUAACUCAGGACCCAGACUCUGUGACUGGCACAGAGGAGGGUGAGGUCACUGUACCCUGCACCCUGUCCACAGUGGGUCCUGCAGGACCAGUGAGAUGGUACAGGGGCACUGGCAGCGGCAGAGAGUAUCUCUACUCUACAGACCCUCUGCCCAAUGAGAGCAACGACCCCCGUGUGUCCAGAGUACAUCCAGACCACCCCACAGAUCUCUCCAUCCAAAUUGUGAACCUGACCCUGAGUGACUCAGGAACGUAUUACUGUGAGAAAUACAGAGGGUUUGAUGGGUCCCUCAUUGCUGUGGGCACAGGGAGCAGUGUGCGAGCGACUCCGCCGCGUUGCCACGGAUACGAGAAGGCCUGGCUGCCGUGCGUGGACGGCCCCUCCCCCUCUGGGAAGGCGAUUCUAGGCGAGUCUCUGUCGGAGUUCUCUGUGAGUCUGUACCGCGCUGUCGCACACGCCCAGACCAGCACGCGCAACCUCUUCUUCUCCCCGCUCAGCGUCGCCAUGGCGCUCUCACACCUCCUGCUGGGAGCGCGUGGCGAUGCCCAGACUGCCCUGGAGGAGGCGCUGUUUCUCCCCCAGAAUUUCGAGUGCCUGCAUAAGGAGCUGAGAAGCCUGUCCUCCCGAAACCUCCUGACUGCAUCGCAGAUCUACGUGAGGCCGGGUCUUGAACUGCAGGAGUUCUUCAAGGACCAAUCGAAAGAGUUCUACGGGGAGGGGCCUCAGCUGCUGACCAAUGACAGCGAAGCGAACGUGAGGAUGGUCAACGAGUGGGUGGCUGAGCACACGGAACACAAGAUCACGCGCCUGGUGGACGACGUGCCGGCAACCACUGAGCUGCUGCUGCUGAACGCAAUCUACUACCAAG